UCCCUGGCUUGCUUAAUGUCCCUGGAACUGAGGAGGGUCAGUGGGAAGAACUUCUCUCAGGGUUGGAAUUCCUUGGUAGAAUGCUGACAGAUGAGGGUCACAGAGGCCUCUGUGAUCUCACCACGAGAGGGAGCAAGACUGCUUGGAAUGAAGUUUCUUUGAACCGUGGGAGAAGACUGAGCAACUAUGGCGAAUUAUCAUACUCCCUGGUGGCAGCAAUGGACUGACAAUAGCACAGUGAAACCUUUGACUGUAAAGAGGGCAGCUCAAGAGCCCUACGUGCGACUAGAGGAGCAAGUGCUAGUCAACCGCCGAGACAUCAUGAAUAAAAAGGAUGCCUGGGACAUGGAGGAGUUCAUCACUCGCAUGUACGUCAAGCAGCUGCUACGACACCCAACCUUUAAUAUGCUGCUGGCUGUGCUACUGGUGAUCAAUGCCAUCACGAUCGCACUCCGCACCAACUCUGUCCUCGACCAGCAACACUAUGAGUUGUUCUCUACCAUAGAUGACAUUGUGCUGACCAUCCUUACCUGUGAGCUUCUUCUUGGCUUUUUAAAUGGCUUCUGGAUUUUCUGGAAGGAUGGCUGGAACAUCUUCAACUUCAUUAUCACCUCUGUCUUAUUCAUGGGGCUCUUCAUUCCUGAACUCGAUCACCACUGUAUCACUUACACCCUCAGGGUACUUCGUCUGGUGCAUGUGUGCAUGUCGGUGGAGCCCUUGGCCCGGAUCAUCCGUGUCAUCCUGCAGUCGAUGCCCGAUCUGGCAAAUAUCAUGGCCCUCAUCCUCUCUUUCAUGCUGGUGUUCUCUGUGUUUGGAGUCACUCUCUUUGGUGCAUUCGUGCCUGAACACUUCCAGAACCUGCAGGUUGCCCUGUAUACCCUCUUCAUCUGCAUCACCCAGGAUGGUUGGGUGGACAUCUACAAUGACUUUCAGAUGGAUGUAAGGGAGUACUCCAUGGAGAUUGGGGGUGCCAUCUACUUUGCCAUCUUCAUCACCAUUGGUGCCUUCAUUGGCAUCAACCUGUUGGUCGUCGUGGUGACUACCAAUCUGGAGAACAUGAUGAAGACAGGAGAACAUGGGCAGCACCUUCAGCUAACCUUCAAUGAGGAAGACGAAGCAGAGGAGGCUCAGAAGAAUGAGCUGCCGCUGGUGCACUGUUUGGUCGCCCGUUCUGAGAAGUCUGGCCAUCCCCAGGAACCACUUAUGGGGGGGGUUCCCUCAAACCUUUCAGAAGACACCUGUGAUGACUUUUGCUUGGUGUUGGAGGCAAUCCAGGAGAACCUGAUGCAGUACAAGGCUAUCCGAGAUGAGCUCAACAAUAUAGUGGAAGAGGUGCGCUCCAUUCGCUUCAACAAGGAGCAGGAGGAAGAGCUGCUGCACCGGAGCUUUUCACAGAAGCUGCCAGUAGAGAGUAGGUCCUCCAUAGACCUCCGGGACGCGGCCUUAGAACAAGACUUGCUCACUGCGCUCAUGCAAAAAGAAAAGGCUCAGGAAUCCAUACUCAGUUUACGCCUUAGCAAACAGAAGAUCAGCCGCUGAGAGGGCAGAAUGGGAGCCAAGGGACCUGACCGCACAUGCCUAACUGCUGCAUCUUCCUGCAUCCCAAGCAGGACCUUAGCACAGACUGACCUGAGCCCAUGCUCUUCCUGACACCUGGGCAGAGGCCUGGGGCAGCAUCUGUAGGGCUUGUGCCUGUGAGCACCAGGUCCAGAGUAGCCAAGUUGGAGAAGGAUGCUGGAUGAAAGUGGGAGCCCUAAUAACAAGAUGAAUGCAUAAGGAGGUGCUGGCCAAGGAAGUCACAAUUUGGCCAAGGGUGGGAUAUCCUAGGCCCUUUGCUCUAGACCAGAGCUAGACGGGACCUAAAUGGGUCCAGGCGCUAAGAAGAUAAAAGUGAGGCCCCUAGGGCCAGAUACCUGUGUAUGGACAAUAAAAUUUUGU